AUGUUGCUCAGAGCCUCGAAGCUCGUUGUCCUUACCCUCGCUGCCGUUACGGGCAUUGCUUCUGCGCACCCCGAAGAGGUUUAUACACUGUCUCGCGCAGAACUUGGUCGUCGUCAGCUCGAAGCCAACAGGCGCCAUCUGCAAGCUCGCAAAUGCGCACCUCAGAUCGCCGAGUUCAGUACCAAACGCAGGGUAUAUAACCAUCUUAAUUUUGUGGAAAAUAAACCUCUUACUGUGUAUCAAAUUUACCAGGCUAAGCGUGCGCUAGCCAAGCGUAGCAAUGAGCCCAUGUCGCUCAAUGGCCGUCACUUCCCUCGUCAGGUUCAGUACGGUCAAAACCAACCUGGCCGCGGCCAAGACUGGGUAUACGGCCCCGGAGGUCACGGAAAUGGACAUGGCCAGCCCGGUGGACAAGGUCCUUCAAGCUUUACUCGCAGCACGUCCAACGCUCUCAGUAGCACCGCAACUUCCGCUGAUGCCACAAUCACUGCUACUGCCAGUGAGUCGACAGUGAUUGCCACCGGCAUUUCAACCAGCACGGAUAUCGCGACCUCAACGGCUAGUGCUAACAGCCCCACCUACUCGAUCAUCCAGAACUCCACCUGCGUAACUGCACCGGAGGUCACCGAGGGGCCAUAUUACGUGAACAACGAAUACCUUCGUCAGGACAUUAGCGAAAACCAAGAGGGUGUGCCGCUCGUGCUCGACAUCGGGGUCAUGGAUGUAACCACAUGCAAGCCGCUCGACCAGGCACUUGUCGAGAUCUGGCAUUGCAAUGCUACAGGUCAAUACUCUGGCUUCACCACUUCCGAUCUGGCUAUCCCAGAGGACGGGGUUGGCGAUGGGCUCGUUCCGACUAACAUGACGGAUCAAUUCACUUUUCUGCGUGGUGGGUGGCCUACCAAUUCCGAGGGCAUGGUCGAGUUUAAGAGCAUAUAUCCUGGAUAUUAUAACGGAAGAACUGUGCAUAUCCACACGAUGAUCCAGACUAACUACUCGGUUGCUACAAACGGUUCGAUUAUUAGCCAUGCCGGUAGCCUACACCACAUUGGCCAGCUGUUCUUCGAGGAGACGUUAAACGAGAGAAUUGUAACCCAAGGAGUGUAUGCCAACACAACUCAGAUACGCACAUAUAAUGCCGAAGAUAGUAUUCUGGACAGCGAGAAUGCGGAUGGCUAUAACGCAAUUCUCAGCACUGAGCUGCUUGGUGAGACGGAGAGGGAUGGUAUCCUGGCGUAUAUAACCAUCGGAGUGGAUCCCACGUUUAGUAGUUCAAUCUACUCGAGCAACUAUGUAAACUUUGGCUAA